GCCAGACAUCGUUGACGUCUGUGUCUCGUGCCGCGUGCCUGUGCGGAUUUCUGUUCCUUGUUGUCGUUUUACCAUCAUAUUUUUUGCACAACUCGAACCCCUCCAUUUCCCUAGACCCUCUGGGAGACAUAUUGGCAUUAUUCCAUUCCAUCAACUAUCCUUCCCCAAUGGCACGAUAACAAUCCGUCCGUUCAACUAUCUGUGAGAGUCCCGGUUGCACACGACCCCAGAUCCGACGGAUCUCCACACCCCAAUACGCACGGGCAUGAACGACUCCCUCUCCCGCAACCCCGAUGCCGUCCAGCAACAGGUGAACUCCGGCGCUGGCUUCCAUGAACCACAUCGGCUGCAUCCAUCCCCUCGACUCAAUAUGCCGUCGUCUGCCUCACAGCAAGCAACGACGGCAUCGUCUUCCUCCAUCUCUCCCGGCCUCCAGAGAUCCGACAGACGGAGUCCCCGAAAUGAGCCGGGCAUCUGUCCCACCGACGACGAUGCCAUUGUGCCCAAGGGAACGGCAACGGAGAAGAGAAAGAAUAAACAGAGUUGGGACUAUGUCGUUAAGAGCGGGAUUGCGGGGGGUAUAGCAGGAUGUGCGGCGAAAACGCUCGUAGGACCCCUCGAUCGAGUCAAAAUCCUCUUCCAAGCCUCGAAUCCUCUAUUCCGAAAAUACACAGGCUCAUGGUAUGGUGUACUGGAGGCCAUGAGAGACAUCAACCGUAAAGAUGGCAUGCGGGGUCUAUUCCGUGGCCACUCAGCCACCCUCCUCCGCAUAUUUCCAUACGCCGGAAUCAAGUUCCUCGCAUACGAGCAGAUCCGCGCCGUCGUAAUCAAAAACAAGUCCCAAGAAACCCAUGUCCGCCGGUUCCUUAGCGGCUCCCUAGCUGGCUGCUGCUCUGUCUUCGUCACCUACCCCCUCGAAGUCAUCCGCGUCCGCCUCGCCUUCGAAACCAAAAGCACCGGCCGCUCCACCCUCACCACCAUCAUCCGCCAAAUCUACUCCGAACACCCCCGCCCCGCCGCCCACUCCUCCGUCCUCUCCGCCUCUGCCCACGCCCGCCCCAAUCCCUCCUCCACCGCCGCCAACGUCGCCCACGUCCUCUCCGACGCCACCGCCCAGCUCUCCCCACAGAAAGGUCUCUCUAACUUCUAUCGCGGCUUCUCCGCCACCCUCGCCGGCAUGUUGCCUUACGCCGGUUCCUCGUUCCUCACUCACGACGGCGUCUCCGAUCUGAUGCGCCAUCCGAAAAUCGCGGAGUACACCACGCUUCUGCAUUCGCAGGGGUCAUUGCGCGACCCCGACAAGCCGGCGCAGUUGAAGUACUGGGCCGAGCUGGCGAGCGGGGGUGUUGCAGGGUUCGUGAGCCAGACGGUGUCGUAUCCGCUGGAGGUGAUCCGGCGACGGAUGCAGGUGGGCGGGGUGGUUGGCGACGGGCGCCGACUGAAGAUCGCGGAGACGGCGGCGCAGAUCUUUCGGGAGAGGGGGUGGAGGGGGUUUUACGUUGGGCUGGGAAUCGGGUAUGUGAAGGUGAUUCCGAUGGCGGCGACGAGCUUCUACGUUUACGAGCGGAUGAAAUGGCAUCUUGGGAUUUGAAAGAUGGGACGCGGUUGGAUACUGGAUGUGUCCGCUGGUUAUGCAUUUCUACAGGAGUCCAGCCUAGACGUCGUAGGUGGUUUGGUUCUUUUGAGCAUGGCGCAUUUUAUCUCUGGGUUGUUGCUUGAGCAGCCUCUCGUGGUCUUACGGCUACUUGCAGAGCUACGGCGAAGGGCCCAGAGAAAGGAGUUGGUUGGCCUUGAAUGACGGAAAGGGGUGUCGUUGAGCCGAGGGCUGAAGCAGUUCUCCCAGGAACAUAUUAACAUGUCAAACCGCAUUUAUGGAUAAAUACACCUAUACAUAGGCCGUAGAUCGCCCCAGGGAAGAGGAGAUAGAGGAAAGCAAAUCCUAGAAGACUUUCAU